AUGUCUGAUUGUCUCUCCUGUAGACUGACUUUGUUGCAAGAAGCCAUUCACUUAUGCCAGAUGAAUGAUUCUCAAUCCUUAUGUAUGUCCAUCAUCAGUAAGAAAACCGGCUCUGACCCUCUCUUGGUCCUAUAUGGACAGAUUGGUCCAAGAUUGAACACUGAUCGAGGAAAACUGGGGUUGCAGUUUGUAGAUGUUAGUGGUAGUCUUUGUUGUAGUUUGAUGACUGGAGAUACAUCGUUGAUAGGAUGUACUGUUUGUGUCUGGCAAUGGAACUUGCUGCUGCUGCCCAAAGAGAAUGAUUCAGAUCAAACUAUCCAUGAUAUGAACUAUAGUGGAAAUCAUACUAUUCAAAAAAACAAGCACACUGCAGAUAUGAGCAAAUACUAUCUUGAAAUCAUAUCCGUAUCGCCUUGGUCAGUUCAUGCUCAUGUACUCGACAGACUUGCAGAGUUUACGUUUGAUAUUCCAUUCGAUACUAUCCUGCAUCCAUCAGCUGCAAAAGUCUACGCAGUAGAUAGUACUCUUUCUAAAACCAUUUGCAUCUCAUCAUCUACUGGUCAAUGGCAACUUCAAGGCAUGGCUAUUGGAAAGUCUGGACUUGAAGUCACAAAGACACUUGCUCAUUGUUUUCUGAGAAUGAAGCUUUCGCAUCGGAUAGGAUCUACUCGACUACCAUUUGAUAACGAGAUCGUCAUUAUCAUGUUUAAAGGUCCUUUACUUGAGAUGGUUUCUAGCACAGCUCUCUUGAGAAUUGGCAAUGAAUACUCCAUCUCCAAUCUUAAACCGCAGAAACUAACUUUCCCUAAAGGUUUAUCUGUUAAUGUUCUCGCGUUUGGACCUUUAUCAAAAAUCACUUCAAUCAGAACCUCCAUAAUAGACUUGGAUACCCAAAGCAGCUGUCAAGAUUCGCCAGAAACAUCACCCAGCUCUUUGUCAGGGACUCCGAAAACUACUUUGAGAAUUGAUGCUGCAUCGCAUACUCGGCUAAAUCAUCCUGGGCUUUAUUGCCAAAUAGUUGAAGGAUUCGUACAAGAAAGUAUCCGAUCUUGGCGUAAUUCAAUGAUUACAUAUACUGGCUACAUCACUACUGUACUAGAUGGAUCGCUACUUUUUUUUCAAUUGGAUGCCAUGUAUAAUCUGAUAUGUACAUUUUCGACACUGGAUAUACCUCAUACUUCAUUACGUCCAGGAACUCAGAUUACUGUGGUAGAUGUACACUUGAUUUUUAGUUCAGCAACUGACCCAGUGUUUCUUGUCAUGUGCGAUCUUUCUAAAUUGCAAGUCAUAUCUUGGGGUCCUAUAUGUGCCAAUCCAUCAUCCUCUAUUUGUUUUUCUGAAAAAACAUUGAGCUAUACGCGCAGAAUGUCCUUUGUAGAUCUAAUCUACUUUCAGCUAGUAAGCCGGAUUAUCUCGCAAGUCUGUAGUACGUCUGAUAUUUUACUACCUUCUGCCAUGGCGGAUUUGGGGCUGCACUAUGCAAGUCUUGCCAUUCUGCAUAUCUGUGGAUUUAUCCCACUAAAGGCACCAGCCCCACAAGUUUUUCUGUGUCAUGACCAGGCUUGCUCAAUACUCAUUCGGCAGUCGGAUUAUCCAUUUUUCAUUUCUGUAGAGGAUGCAAACAAUCACCUUGAAGUCGCAGUAUCCAAAAUUCAACCUAAACCUUUUGAUAAUAGCAUCUUGUCCAUCAAAAUCAAUGCAAAUGAUUUCAACUCAUCAUCUUUGGCAUGUAUUGGAGCACUAAAGGUGAACCAAACUACAGGUAGAUUGGCGUUGGUAUCAGGAAACAAAAGUCAAAUUUAUAUACACAUACCACCAUCUAGUUUGUCAGUAGAUUUGACCUUGUUGGUAGAUCACUUGGUGUUACUCUUGGACGUUGUUUUAAUUUCCGAAAUUAUUGUUACUGGAGGAGAGGUGCCGAGCAAUGACAAAUCAGAUUCCACUUUUUUGGAAAACCGACCCACUACAUAUUCUUACAUUGAGGUGCGUUCCUCAAAUAUACGCGACAUUGGCAGUUUACACGCUCCUCUUCUAUCGGUUGGACCAGUUAAGAAAUUGGGAGAUAUGCCUUGCGAUCAAGUGAUUAUGCAUUUUCUAUCCAAAAGAUUGGCUACACUUUAUUGCAACUCAUCAGGCGACCCUGAAUUAGAAAUCAUAAUGCGGUGUGGAUUAAGUACACCUAAAUCAACUACUACCAAUGAUCGACCGUUUACCGAAGUAUAUUUUCGAUUUUAUGGGCCCACUUUACAUAUUCCAGAACUGUACUCUUUAAAUCACGCAUAUUUGGUUGAACUUCCUGUCCAUAGUCUACAAACCGUUUAUCACCAUGGUGCUUCUAACUGGGAUCUAUCGUGGAAGUUUCGGGAAUUUUCAAGCGAUAUCCAUAGAGCUAGUUUUAAAACUAUGCCAAAGCUUUUACCUAUAAAAAUAACUCUCGAGUCCCAAUCGGAACAAGCAAGCCAGCCAAUGGAGUUUCUUUCAACUGUCACUUGCAGGAUACUUUUAAAGCAGUGGCAGAUAGAUAAAAAAUUUAGUCAGCCUACGUUUUCGGCAACAGCACAUCGACAAAACACAGUUGAUUUGCAACCAUACACUCGCUCUACUUUCAAUACAAAAGCGUGCCAGUUAGCCCAACAGUUACUGGUUGGUCUUGGAAGGGAAUAUCUUAAAUUGACACUAAAGGUGGAAACCAUCGAUUCAAUGACCAGGAUGUGGGUUGACUGGGAUAUUCGAAACUGCGCUUUUCCUUUUGGAAUACUUGUAGGUAGAGUUGUGCUUUUCGAGAAUUUGAUGAUCAAGAGAUCACGAAACAACCGACAGUACGCGCACAUUUUACCUAUUACCACAGUAACCCUUUUCUCCGACUCUCACUUGAGCAACUAUGCUUUAACAGCAGAUCACAAAGUAGAUGAUGAAAACACGAAUUUCGAUUGUAAAGCUCCUUGUUUUCGCAUUUCUCAUAUGCUGUCACUUCCAAUGAGCUUGAAAAAGACCGAUUUAUUCGUAUAUGUCACUGCUAUAACAGAAGUGUCCAUCACAAACAUAUGCCAAGUGUGCAAGCAAAUGGCACCAAAAAAUAUGUGCUCUUCAAAUUGUAUUGCGUCAGAGUAUAGUAUCCAGGCUCAAGCUGAGAUAUCUGUGGAGGAUGGCACGGCAAAGGCAAAAGCCAUGUUAUCAGAAAUAGACUCUAUUAUAACGCUCCUACGCUUAUCCUCGAGUGAAUAUCAACGUUUGGAAAAAAUGGUAUGUGAUGCUGGUACAGUUUUAUAUACUGUGCCAAAGUAUCCUGAUAAUGCAGUAUAUUCUGAUGAUCUCGAUCAACAGCAAAGUGUUGCUACUCCUGACAGCAUUUGGCUUGAGGCCAUAGUACAACGUCGCAGUAAUCUUCGACAAAUUCAAAUGGACAUGACAAUAAGUACAAACAUCAAUAAUAACGCGGCUUCAGAAAGCUCUGGUUUUUCUGAUGGGCCAUCCCUUACUUGCGUUGGCGAUAUGUUUCAUCUUCGUCCGUAUUCUCUCAGCACAGGUUCCAAAUCGACUCCAGUUAAAACAUUGUCCUAUGUAUGGCCUCGACUAUAUCCCGUUAGGAUUUCUGAUGUCGAUUCACGAGAGCUGGCGUUGAAGCUGUUGACAUACGUCAACAAAUCUUUAAAAUGA